UCUAUAUGCUAUCAUCGAUGUUUUACUCAGUAUUUUGAUAUUCUUGCUGAAAUUCUUCUUGAUGAUAUGUAUGGCCAUCUAGAGUGGUGUGUCAAACAAGAUAACGAGCAGUUAGCGAGGUCUGGUACCAAUUGUUUGGAAAAUCUCGUCAUAUCCAAUGGCAACACGUUCUCCGAAGACGUCUGGGAAAAGACAUGUCAAUGUGUAAAGACGAUAUUUGAAUCAACCGUACCUCACGAACUAUUGAAAUGGAGACCCGCUGACCAACAAGUAAUGAGUCUACCCACACUGGAUGUCACUCCUGCGUCAUCAUCACUCAAGAUAAUGUCACCUGUCGACCUGGAGGAUGAUAUCGUGCCCAAAUAUCCGGAAGACGAGGACGAACAAGAUGGUCAGCAAUCGUCAAAAGGUUCGAAUGAAACGGAGGAGGAAAUGCCUCAAGAAACAGUUGAAGAAACCAAAGAACAAGACAGCAUUAGUUUACAUAGUACGCCUAGUUUACGAUUUGAACCUGUCGAAGAACACGAACCAGUUGUGCUGACGGAGAGGAUGCUGUUCAAUUCAUUGAUCAUUAAGUGUGUCGUUCAAUUGGAACUUAUCCAAAUGAUCGACAAUGUCGUCUUUUUCCCAAGCACCGGCAAGUGAGAAGAUGAAGAUACUAUGGCUGAAUUACAGAAACUCAUUGCUUAUGGUCAUAUUGUUGGUGAUACACCAGACUCCAUUGAACCAGAGAGGCGUUUAAUUGACAGAAUUAUCGAGACUAUUUGUAGUUGCUUUACUGGUAUAAUUACUGAUGUAAACGUUCAAAUACAAAUUAUAAAAUGUUUAUAAAAGUAUA